ACGUAAUGUAUGGCUCAUUUUUCGCUUGAUAAUUACAGUCAUCACAGUAUGCAAAUUAUAAUAUCGCAAUCAGUCUUGUCAACGAAAAUAGUUGACACACUGACAUAAGUAAAAUACAUAUAUAUGUACAUAUCGAAGAAAAAAAAGAAAGGAUGAGAAAAAACAUAGAGUCUGACGGUAUUUUAUUAUCGUUGCAGAUUAAAGAUUAUUUAUGCUAUUUUCGCUUAUGCGAAUGAGAUAUGAAUGUGAAUAUUAUAAAUUUGUACAAAGUAAGCUUUAGGAAGAAACUAGAUGUCUUGUAAGUUAAUAACCGAUAAAAGUAACAUACAAGACGUUUACGUCUUCAUAUAUUUAAAAUAUAUUUAAAUAAGGAUACAAUGAUUUUCACGUUUAGUAAAUCGUGAAUUCGUAUUAAUAUCAAGUAAAUGUACAAUUCUAGAAAAUAACGUUAUAAGUAUAUUAUAUGUAUUCACUAUUUUGUUGUAUCAUGUAACUGUCGGUUUUUAAUAAUUGAAAAGUUAACUAUAGCUCUUCUUAUAACUAAAAUUAACAAUUUUUUAAAUACAUGCAGUAGGCAAUUACUAAUACAUGUUAAUUCUAACUUCGACAAUAUUUUACCAUUAUAUAUUAUUUGAAACUACAUUUAACUAAAACUAAUUAACAAUAAACGUCACGAGAGAAUAGCUUAAACGAUAUAUAUUGUAUUUUAGAUAAUAAAUACAGAAACAUAAAUAAAUUGACAUUGAUAUAGCGUUUGGGUUUGAUUAUGUAAUAAAGUAAAAACAUAAUUGACAUAAAAACUAGUUUAGUACUGUAUUUUUUAAAUAAGUAAUACGAAAGUUUUGCUUGCUAACGUUUUAUAUUUACUUAAACAAGACGCAAAAAGUAUCCUAAGAUGGAAUAUUAUUUGUUUGCUAAACACGAAAGUCAUAUACAUUGUAAGACUUCAUCCGGACACUUCUAUGCGGUGUAAGUUGCUCAGGUUCGAUACGAUAUCAAGUUACUUCAGUGUCUACCGAGACGAGAAACCGGUCUGAACUUACAGUUCAGUCAGUAGCAGUCAGUGUUUUACACUUUACACAAUAUGAAUUGCGAGAAUAUACCAUUAUGCUGGAAGUAUACGAACUCGGGGUUGUCGUUGUUUUUUACUACUCUGUGCAUCAUUGAUAUUUUCGGCGUAUUCCCAAUAAUUGCGCUGCCACGAGCAAUCAUACAAUGCGGACUAUAUGGGAUCCCUUUGGUACUUGUUGUAUUCGGUUUGCAAAUUUAUACAGCCAUUUUACUGGGAAAAUCGUGGAUCAUCGCGAAUACUCUGGAUCCUCAGAUUUCACGAAAAAAUCGCUAUCCCCUAGCUGCUGUGACGGAAUUAACAAUGGGUCCUCUUGCACGAUCUAUUGUUACCUUACUUUUGGAUUUGACAGUGUUCGGUUGCGGUAUUCCGAAUUUGUUAGUUGCCUCGCAGAACUUGCAAUUAUUUGGCUAUAAAGUGUCGGGACUACAUUUUGAUUUUUCCUUCUGUUAUUGGCUGUUAAUAAUCGGCAUUUUACUUUGUCCAUUAAUGUGGUUGGGCAGUCCACGAGACAUGAAAUGGGUGACGGCGUUUUCUAGCGUAGCAGUUACGUUAACAGCAAUAUUAAUAUGGUGGAGCAUUAUAACUGAUGAUGGCGUAUCCGACGUCAUGCCAAUAGCAACUUCACCGACGUGGGAUAAUUUUAUUUCUGGAUAUGGCAUGUUGGCUUUUCAGUUUGACGUACAUCCCACUCUAAUGACGAUACAAGUUGAUAUGCGUCGUCCUCGAGAUAUUGACAAAGCUAUCUUUUUUUCUUUUAUUGUAAGCGGAUCUUUGUUCGCCAUUACUGUUUGUCUGGCCGUGUGGAAAUAUGGCGGUAACACAACCGCCAAUAUCCUCGAAGCUAUUCCAUCAGGGACAAUCGCGGACAUUGCUGUUUUGUUAACCGCACUUCAACUGUGCUUUUCCAGCGUGAUCGGCUAUUCGGCUCUCUUUCAACAUUUAGAAGAUUAUUGGAGCGUGCAACAAACCUUUGGAUGGAAACGAUGCGCCAUGAGAUCGGCGGUGGUCUUCCUUAGCGUGGUUGUGGGCGAAUCGGUAUCGCGAUUUGAUAUUGUUAUGGCGCUAAUUGGCGGAUCGUUAACUGGAUCGCUAGUUUUCGUGCUACCAUCUUUGAUAUACAACCAAGCGUUAGCUUUGAAAGAGAAAUCGAUUCAAGCAAUAAAUAUUGAUGGAAGAGUUUAUCCAGAUUCUCAUAUAAGAUUCAAUGACGAAGAACAACCUUGUGCAGCUCAUUCACGUUCAAUUUACUACGGUUUCUUAAGCUCCACAAACAAUCCUCGCAG